AACACUUACAAUCCCGUGCCUACCAGAAAUUCACUCUUUUACAGCAGCAAGUUUCACAUAACGCUGUGGAAACAUAUCCUCAUUGUUAGUAAAUCAACAAACCAAAUCAUCAUUAGCAGACUCCUUUGUUUGGUGUCACUCCAAGAGUCUGAUGAAUCAUUAGCAUAGAAUCAUUUCAGUGAUGCGCAGCGUAGGAAGAGUGCAUAAGAUGCAAAUUUUCAUUAAAGGCAUACGGCCUGCUUACUCUGGUGUGGUCUCACGGUUUCAUAAAAUAAGUUACCAACUUGCUGCUGCUGUACUCAUGUGUGAGCUAGGCAUACUCAGUGGCAUUUUAAGAAAACACUCGUUAUAUGUGAGGCAUAUUUAGAAAACUUACGUGGAAUCGCCCAUUAUCCUUGCCCAUAACCUGAUACAAACCACACGCAGAAAACCUAUAAAUUGCACACUUUUUCCCUCCAUUUCCCUCCAAUUCGCUUAUAAAAGCAGCCACCCGGUGCAAUUCAUUCCAAAAAUUCAGUCUAUCUCUCAAGAAACCACCGCAGCGCAUCUCUCUCUGCUCUCUGCUCUCAAGAAACUACCGCAGCGCAUCUCUCUCUGCUCUCUGCUCUCAAAACCACCGCAGCGCAGAGAUGGCGGCGUUCAGUGCCUUCAUGUCCGGUGGCGCCUGCAAAUUUCAAUCGCUGACGGAUCUCCGCGCCGUUCAAGGAUCCCAGCAGGUUCUUGCUAAAUCGCAAGAAAAUCUCAACCGAAACAUUUCUAAUCUCAAGCUAUGGACUGAUGCAUACGUGCAUACGCCUGAGGAUGUCAAACUGGCGAUCGAACUCCGCGACGACAACCAAUGGACCGCUUCUUUCACUACUGCCAAAAGCAAUCCAAACGCCGGAAUGAUGAAACAGAUUUCAGACAAGGCCCGUCCCCCUCUCCGUCUGCAAUUCAAACGAAUCACCGAGAUCGUAGAGGUCAAGAAGAAGCCAACCGCCAUUGGACAGCACCAGGAGGAGGGCGAACAGGGAGGAUACGACAAGGCCGAGGCUCUAAACGACGCACCAAAAGGCAAAAAGGGCAAAAAGGGCAAAGGGCAAAGGGGAAAGGGCAGCAAGGUCAAAGGAAAAUAGACACGAGAGGAGCGAAACCACUCAGCAAUAAGGGCAAAAAGGGAAAAGUAGUUGGGGAAGGCAUUGGGGAAUUUGCCGAAUUAGGAUCAAACUGUAAUUGGGGAUCAAACUGUAAUUUUCAUUCUUUUCGAGGGGUUAGUUUUGUAGUGUUGUCAGUCUUAAGGGUGCAACGAGCUAGAUUUCACUAACAAUGGUGACAUUUGAGAAAUGAAAAAGUAUAAUGUUGUUUACUAAAAUACGGA